AUGAGCUCGCCGUCAUCCUUCUUAUCACCCCUCUCCAUCUUGGCAUUUAUCGUCCUCUCCACUACAGAGCGAGGGGCAGAGAGUCUGAACCUGGAAGGUCCUCUGCUGAAGGACCUCAUGAAAGGCUACAACAAGAACAUCCGUCCAGUGGAGAGGGGCGGGAACGUCACGCAGGUCAAGCUCAAACUGACCCUGACCAACCUCAUCUCUCUGAGUGAAAAGGAGGAGGCCCUUACGACCAGCGUGUGGGUUGAAAUGCAAUGGUGUGACCAUCGCCUGAGGUGGGACCAUAUGCCAGUGUACGAGAACGUUACCUGCAUGCGUGUUCCUUCAAAAAGCAUCUGGCUGCCUGACAUCAUAUUGGAAAACAAUAUGGACGGAAAAUUUGAAAUCACUCUGUACACCAACGCGCUUGUCCAGCCCAAUGGAUGUGUCUACUGGCUGCCCCCCGCUAUUUAUCGCAGCGUCUGCUCCAUCAAGGUCAACUACUUCCCCUUCGACUGGCAAAACUGUUCAAUGGUAUUUAGAUCCCAGACGUACAGUGCCAACGAGAUCGACCUCGUCCUCACAGAGGAGGAGGGAGAGACGAUAGAGUGGAUCGUGAUCGACCCAGAGGCGUUCACAGAAAACGGCGAGUGGGCCAUCAAGCACAGACCUGCCAAAAAGAUAAUCAACGAUCGCUACAGCAAGGAUGAGCUAGAGUACCAGGAGGUGGUGUUCUUCCUCAUCAUCCAGAGGAAGCCUCUCUUCUACGUUAUCAACAUCAUUGUGCCCUGCGUGCUCAUCUCCUCCCUGGGGCUGCUUGUUUACUUUCUGCCUGCGAAAGCUGGAGGGCAGAAGUGCACCAUGUCCAUCGCCAUCCUCCUGGCCCAGACUGUCUUCCUCUUCCUUAUCGCAAAGAAAGUUCCAGAGACAUCGCAGGCCGUGCCGCUCAUUGGAAAGUACUUGAUGUUUGUCAUGUCUGUGACCACCGUCGUGGUGAUGAAUUGCGUUGUUGUACUGAACGUGUCUCUGCGAACUCCCAACACCCACCUCCUGACAGACAAAGUCCGGAAGGUGUUCCUGAACCUCCUUCCCCGGGCGCUCCACAUGCAGAUGCGACCCUGGAGCCCGGCGGAGGGGGGCGGAGACCCGCCCGCCAGGCGGCGCCGCAGCUCCCUGGGCCUCAUAGCCAAGGCGGACGAGUACUUCCUGAAGACGGCCCGCACCGAGCUCAUGUUCAGCAGGCUGAGGGAGAGGGACGGGCUGAUUAGCGCCGCGCUGCAGAAGAUCCAUAAUGGCCUGGAUGGGGACACGGCGCACGACAUAAGCAUCAGCCUGGCCCAGGCCUCGGUGGAGGUGCAACAGUGUGUCGCCUCCUGCAGGCACAUUGCUGAAAGCGCACGGCAGCAGAACGCCUUCCAGAGCGAAAACGAAGAGUGGUUCUUGGUGGCGCGUGUCAUCGACCGGGUCUGCUUCAUCGUCAUGGCGCUGGCGUUCAUUCUGGGCACGCUUGACAUCUUCCUCAUGGGUCACAUCAACCAAGCCCCCUCCAUGCCCUUUCCAGGAGACCCAAAAAAGUAUUUACCAGAGUAA